UAUAGAUUUAUAACAAUUUGAUCAGGGAUCUUAAAUUAGAGACUAUAUAAACGAGAUUGGAUCCACAAAAACUUGAGAAAUAUUAAUAUUAAAGAAAGAAUGAAUCCAUUAAUGAGAUAUUAUAGUGAAUCAGAUUGUGAAGCAAUAGAUAAUUCAAAUUAAGUUUCAUUUGGAUUAAUGAUGGAUGAAAAGAAUAAUAUGAAUAGGUAAACAAUAAAAUAAUAAUAUAGUUUGAAAUCAAUUGAUAAUUAAUUUGAAUAGAUAAGUGUUCAUAAUUCCGUAUAAUUAUCUACAUAAUGUUCAUCUUCUGGCGAAAGAAUGUAGAAAAGUGAUAUGGAAGAUAUUUAAGAGGAUUUAAGAUGUUCUGAGAUAGAACAUAUUGAUUAAUAAUCUUUAUAAUCAUAGAUAAAAUGUUAAUGUAGUAAAUCAUAAUGUCAGUAAAGUUAUUGUGAAUGUUUUGCAAGGGGAAAGAUUUGUAGUAAAUAUUGUGGAUGCCAAAAUUGUUAGAACAAAUAAACGAAUAAGAAAUUAGAGAAAAUAAAAAAGAGAUUAAUAAAACAAAAAAGAAAUAAAUAAAGAACAUCAAGAUAUCUAAAAGGAUGUACUUGUGGAAAAUCUAAAUGUUAAAAUAAUUUUUGUAGUUGUCAUUAAGAUGGAAAAUAUUGUAAUUCUGGAUGUAAAUGUGUGGAUUGUAAAAACUUAUACACUUUCUAAUUAAAGAUAUUCAAAUCUAUUGAAUAGAUUGAAUCAAAUUAAAUAGAAUCAAACAAUAUUGUAUAAUUUAUAAUUGGAUCUGAAAAUAGUUAUCAAUUUGAGGUUUUUAAUAGUUUGUUAAAAUAAAGAGAAAUUUGA